UGCAUGAUUUGGUGCUAACGAAAUAGAGUAAGAAAUCGCUGUGCCCACGAUUAUAUAGCCUAGGCAGGCCGGCUUCCAUUCCAUCACUCGACACAUCCACCCGAUCGAUCGAUCGCUAUCCCCUCUCUCACUCUCACGUCACGAGCUCGAGUGUCGUCCAAUAAUGUCUCGGAGCUGCAGCAUGACGCCGACGUCGUCGCCACCGCUCGUCGUCGUCCGCCUCCUUGCGUCGGCCGUGGCGACGAUGCUGGUGCUCGCGUCCGGCGGCGGCGUUUGCGACGGCGCCGCGCUGAAGGCGCACUUCUACCGGCGCAGCUGCCCCGCGGCGGAGGCUGUGGUCCGCGACAUCGUGGUGGCGCGCGUCGCCGCCGACCCCGCCGCGCUCCCCGCCAAGCUGCUCCGCCUCUUCUUCCACGACUGCUUCGUCAGGGGGUGCGACGCGUCGGUGCUGCUGGACUCGACGGCGGGGAACACGGCGGAGAAGGACGCGGCGCCGAACGGGUCGCUGGGAGGCUUCGACGUGAUCGACACGGCGAAGGCCGUGCUGGAGGCCAUCUGCCCAGGCACCGUCUCCUGCGCCGACAUCGUGGCGCUCGCCGCCAGGGACGCCGUGUCGCUGCAGCUCGGGCGGGACCUGUGGGACGUGCAGCUGGGGCGGCGCGACGGCGUGGUGUCGCGGGCGUCGGAGGCGCUGGCCGACAUCCCUUCGCCGUCGGACAACUUCACCACCCUCGAGGCCAGAUUCGGCAGCAAAGGCCUCGACGUCAAGGACCUCGUCAUCCUCUCAGGCGCGCACACGAUCGGCGUGGCCCACUGCAACACCUUCGCGUCACGCCUCUCCGGCUUCGGCAGCUCCAACUCCGGCGCCGACCCGACGCUGAACGCGGCGUACGCGGCGCAGCUCCGGUCGCGGUGCGGUCCGGCGCCGGUGGCCUCGUCGAACAACGUGACGGCGGUGACCAUGGACCCGGGAAGCCCCGCGGGGCGGUUCGACGCGCACUACUACGUGAACCUGAAGCUGGGGCGGGGCCUGUUCGCGUCCGACGCCGCGCUGCUCGCCGACCGCCGCGCCGCCGCCAUGAUCCACCGCCUCACCAGGAAGGGCUACUUCCUCCAGGAGUUCAGGAACGCCGUUCGCAAGAUGGGGCGCGUCGGCGUGCGCACCGGCGGCCGCGGGGAGAUCCGCCGGAACUGCAGGGCGGUCAACUCAGAUGCUAUGUGAUGUGAUGACGACGGACGUGCGGUGAGUUUAAUUUCAGAUUGUUGUAGCGCGCCAACGUGGGGGGAUGUGGGCACACACUGCCUGUUUUUUUUUUUUUUGCUUAUUUUUAUUUGUUCUCGUCUUAUUUACAUACAUUGUAUUUAGAGGAGUAACGUGGGUCACCUACUGGGGUGGUAAUUAGUAUAUAUACAUAUAUACAUGUAUAACUGGAGGUGGUCAUGUUUUUACCCUGCAUUGGUUCUUGCAAUCUUGCUGUUGUACGUCCUCAACCUCAUGGGAGUACAUGUACAUUACUCUGGUGUUCACAUAUAGAUGUGAGCUGUGUCAAAUGUCAGAUGAAUGAAUUGGCAGGGAAAUUGCUGGCUGUGUUUGAUCCGGUCGAGCUCAAAGUUAA